AUGAAGUCUAUUUCUCUUUCGAAUAACACAUUUAAGCGUAGAAUCAAUGACAUUGCAGCAGACAUAAAGUCACAAAUAAUUAACAGAGUGAAAUUAUCCCGAUUUUUUGCUAUUAGUUGCAAUGAAUUCACCGACAUCGUUAAUUCUGCACAGUUAAUAGUUUAUGUUCGUUGCAUCGGCGGGGAUAUCAUUCAAGAAGAGAUUUUGUACUCCCAAUCUCUGAUAGCAGGUACUACAUGUGAAGAUAUAUUUAAUUCAAUAUCAAAUUCUGUUGAGAAAAAUGAUUUGGAUUGGAAGAAACUCACUGGACUUUGCACCGAUGGCGCACCUGCAUUGAUAGGUGUACGAUCGGGCUUAGCUAAAAAGCUCAAGGAAAAAAAUCCCGCAAUGAUUAGUACACAUUGUACUUCGGACUCGGCUAAAAGGAUUGUAAACUACAUCAAGAGCAGCGCUUUGAACAGUCGGUUAUUUUCUUCACUUUACGAGGAUCUCGAUUCUGAUCACAAAGUUCUUCUGUUCCAUACUGAAAUAUGCUAG